AUGGCGUUUUAUCUCGUGAUUGGCUGUGGAGUGGUUGGCCUCACCACCGCUUUGGAGCUCAAGGCUAAGCAUCCUGAUGCAAAGGUCGUCAUUGCAGCAAGAUAUCUUCCUGGGGAUUCAGUAGCAGAAUAUGCCUCGAACUGGGGAGGCGCCAACUGGUUCCCAGCCUCAUUCGAUAAUGGACGCCUAGAGAAAUGGGAUGCAAUCACCUACCGCAAAUUAAAAAUCCUUGCCUCUGAGCGGCCAGAUUCGGGAGUCAAAGCAAUGAACAUCAAAUUCCACUAUGAUCAACCAAUCGAAGAAGUUGGAAUUCUUACUCCUGCUACUGGAAAGCUUUGGUUUGAGGACUUGGUUGGCGGAUUGAUACCAAUCGAGAAAGAAGAUCUACCUUCUGGGGCUGUAUUCGGAUUUGAAAUGGCUUCCUUUGUUAUGGAUGUCCAAAGAUACCUUCCUUGGUUGCAAAUGCAAGCCAACUCUCUUGGCAUUGAGAUUCACCGACGAAUUUUUAAAGACAUUCAUGAUGCCUUUGAAGAGUAUCCCGGUACAUCUGCUGUGUUUAACUGCACUGGAAUUGGCUCACUCAAGCUUGGUGGAGUCAAAGAUGAGAAGAUGUUUGCUGCAAGGGGCCAAAUUAUGUUGGUUGAAGGCCCCAAAGAGCCACUUCGCACCAUGUACUUCCGGGCUCCCCAUCGUGAUGCCGACGCAACUCAUAUCUUCCCACGAGGAAAAGAUGGUAGAACGGGUGUGAUCCUUGGUGGUUGCCGAGAGAAGCACAACUGGAAUGGGGAGGUUGAUCUCGAAUUUGCGGAAGAAAUUAAGAAGAAAUGUUGUGAACUCGCGCCUCAACUUGGAAAGCCCGAGGACCUGAAGGUUUUCAAACACGGUGUCGGUCUCCGCCCUGGACGAGAGGGUGGUGCUCGGAUCGAGCCUGAAUAUAUCGAUGGCAGAAUGGUCAUUCAUAAUUAUGGAGCAGGGGGCACCGGAUUUCAAGCAUCGUGGGGAAUGGCUAAUGAGGCCGUCAGCUGUCUUGCAGAACGCGCUCGAUUGUAA